AAAUAACCCCGUGGGCCGGGGAUAGCGUUUCUAUUAUCUUUUGGUUUUCAAGCUGUCAGACCCUGCCAUCGUUUUAUCCUUCUGUCUAUCGUAAAAGCUGUCUUCUUGGGAAAAGUUUACAGGACUAUUCCACUAGAGACAUUAUGUAGCUCACAGUUAACAGAAUCAAGUACUCUCAUCAUGGUGGUUAGCUAACGUUGGCUACGAAGCUAGGACAAUCCUUUCAACUUGCUUGCUGAUAGAUUAGCUUACGACAGCUAACUUCGCUAUGUGAACUAACUAAGCUGGGAAAGUGGCGAUUAAGGAACUGCCUGCAACUCCCUGGUGUUGCAGGUUGUUCUCAUGUGCCCAUGGAGAAGACAGCCUUUGAGGGGUGGCUGGAGUCAGUCUCUGCCACUUUCCUUACUCUAAAUGACCAGCAGCGCAACCAGUCUCUGGACCACCUCAUAUCUUUAAGUGGUGCCGUCCAGCUCCGUCAUCUGUCUAAUGGGCUGGAGACACUGCUCAAGCGUGACUUUCUGCGCCUUCUUCCUCUGGAGUUGGCCUUCUACCUGCUACGCUGGCUGGACCCUCAGACCCUGCUCACUUGCUGCCUGGUCUGCAAGCAGUGGAAUAAGGUGAUAAACUCAUGUACAGAGGUGUGGCAGGGUGUGUGUCGGGAGCUGGGUUGGAGGAUUGAUGAGUCCAUUCAGGAUGCAUCACACUGGAAGGGGGUCUAUCUGAAGGCUAAACUGCGCAUGAUGCAGCUUAAGGAUCAAGAGGCCUUUGAGACAUCAUCCCUCAUUGGCCAUAGUGCUCGAGUAUAUGCCCUCUACUAUAAGGAUGGCCUCCUGUGCACAGGAUCUGAUGACCUCUCAGCCAAAUUAUGGGACGUGCGCACUGGGCAGUGCAUUUAUGGAAUUCAGACACACACCUGCGCCACAGUGAAAUUUGACGAACAGAAGCUGGUAACUGGGUCCUUCGACAACACUAUUGCAUGCUGGGAGUGGAGCACAGGGGCUAAAAUCCAACAGUUCCGUGGCCACACAGGAGCAGUCUUCAGUGUGGACUACAAUGAUGAGCUCGAUGUGCUUGUCAGUGGCUCUGCAGACUUUACCGUGAAGGUCUGGGCUUUGUCUGCUGGUGCCUGUCUCAACACUCUGACUGGACACACUGAGUGGGUCACCAAGGUGAUACUACAGAAAAGUGAAGUAGAAUCUAUGGUGCACAGUCCCGGUGACUAUAUUCUCUUAAGUGCUGAUAAGUAUGAAAUUAAGGUCUGGCCUUUAGGGAGAGAGAUCAACUGUAAGUGUUUGAAGACACUGUCAGUGUCAGAGGACCGCAGCAUCAGCCUUCAGCCUCGCCUGCAGUUUGAUGGACGCUACAUCGUCUGCAGCUCUGACCUUGGAGUUUAUCAGUGGGACUUUGCCAGUUUUAAGGUUCUCAGGGUGAUAAAAAUGCAGGACCCAGCCAACCUAUCUCUGCUCAGCUUUGGCGAAGUGUUUGCGCUCCUUUUUGACAACCACUUCCUGUAUGUGAUGGACCUGAGGACAGAGGUGAUCUCAGGCCGCUGGCCUCUACCAGCCUACAGAAAAUCCAAGCGAGGAUCCAGCUUCCUGGCUGGCGUGACCUCCUGGCUUAAUGGCCUGGAUGGGGGCAAUGACUCUGGACUGGUUUUUGCCACCAGUAUGCCGGACCAUAGCAUUCACUUAGUACUGUGGAAGGAGAAUGGAUAGAAGCAAGCAAGGACUCCAAACCCCAGACUGCAAGAAUAUGAAACCCCAUCAUGUCUGCUCUGGAAUAUAUAAACGUUAACAGCCAAGAUAGAUCAUGCAUGGACCAAAACAUUUUGUUUUUAUCUGUUUCUUCCUCAGCAUAGAGUCCUUCUCUGGACACAAACAUGAAUAUUCACAGAUGGAAAUGAAAGUCGAACUAAGAAAGAUGAUGAUAACUGAUGUGUUACACUCAGUACCAGAAAAGUACUUGCUCUUGAUUUCAGUAGAAAGCAUAAAAACCUCUCACUGGUCUUCUGAUCUUGGACAGAGAGAGACAGAAAGAAAACAUUUCUUGACUUCUUGAAUCCCAAAAUGUAUUAGCAACAACUAAAAACAUCAUCAAAGGUUCCAAAAUAAAACACAACCAUAGAAAUUCUCCUGUAAUAGCCUUUAACAUGGAAGUGUAAAUGUUUUUGGCAAAUUUGCUCUGUGAUCAGUUUAGCACUGUGCAGUGUGAAUUUGAAGCCAAACUAGUAAUUGGGUGCCAACUUUGGCCACUGACCUUCUCUUAACAGGAUAAGACUGUCAAAUGUGCCCAGAACAUGCCUAAUGCCAAGUUGGUCAUUGAGCUUAUUUGCAGAAACAUUGGUUUCCUUGAAGAAAAGCAGGGUUGCCUUAAAUACAGUAGCUGUAAAUAAUGGAGAACAUCUCCUUUGAUGUAAGCUUGUGACGUCAACUGAGAUAUUCCCUGAGGUUUUUACGGACUAUUCCAGAGGAAGCUGCGUACUGGAUCAUAUGUUAAAAAGUGGUUUGGUACAUUGUUGUGUACCAUGUGAAACAUUGUGAGGUUCCGUGUAAUUCCAGUAAGGGAUAUCUGGUUUAAAUGUCAGCUUGAGAAAUGUGAUGUGCCUUUUCAGUUCAUUUGAUGUUACAAACUAGAAAUCCUUGAUAGCUCUGGCACAUUGCAGUAAAGUGAUGACUGCAUUGUAAAUCUUACUUUUAUGUUGAAUUUUCCAUAUUUACUGUGCUCUAACAGUCUAAGAUGUCUGUAAUUUUAUAGUUAUCUACCUGACCUGACUUGCUCAGUGGAUUGCUUUUAUGAAUCAUUGACUGUGUUAAACAUCAGGUUUAUUUUUCUAAAGACCUCAAUGUAUUGCACAGCAGGUGAAGUGACUUGACAGUUGGUUCUGUGCAAAAUUACUAUUUUAGACUUGGUUUUCCUGGCAUAACAAAAACUCUGUGAAACCAUGCCUUGUUCUUUGUAUCAGUUUUAACAUCAUGUCUAAAUUUGUUUUUCUGUUUCUACAACACUGAAACUUUAUCCCAUCAUUUUCAUUGAAGUCUGCCUUUGCUUUGGCAGUCCACAGAUCACAACAAAAUGUAUUCAUAUGCACCAAAACUCGUCUAUGAUAUAUUUGUUUUUCUCGUAUACCAACUCUAACCUGUCUCACAUGGAUAAUUGUACCCAGCAGAUGUACAGACUGUUCUUAGUUUAAGUUUUUCAAAUCUAAUUAAAAUACCACCAAAAUGC